AAAUUUAUUAUUUUCUAAUUUUAUUAAAUAAUCCGUACUAGAGCUUUAUAAAUCAUCCGUUUUUGGGGAAAUGGAAAAGAAAAAAAACCAUGUCCUCGGUUCGGUCGAACCCAUGGACGGAAGUCCUCUUUGGUUUGCAUUUUGAUUCGACGGUGCGGGGGGUAGCAGGAGUAGAAUGGAACAGUCUCUGUCUUCCUGCUUUUUGUGGAUGGGAGAUUCAUUCCUCCGAUACUUCAUCCCGACUUUCCAACUGCAUUGCGGUUGAUGAUGAUUCUGGAAAGAAACAUUCGAAUUAGCGAAAAUCAGAGACCCACCUCUGGCCAAUCACAAUCACACGCUUCCUCGAUCCUUCUCGCUCCGUCGAUCUCGCUCCUUCCCGUCUCCUCUUCCUCGCUGACGCGUUUUGUUCCCCGCCACCACCUCCUCCCUUCCUUAACAGAUGAUGGUCCCCAAGCCAUUACUCCAAAGUCUAUCUGUUGCUGCGGAAAAUUAAAAGAAAAGGAGAAAUAGAAAAUUCUUUCCAAUGGAUGAAACGGAGCCACUCCUUCCCACGAGCACCCCAAGAAAAAAGCUUCUCCCUUCCACUCCCCCCUCCUCCAUCCUGUGCCCUCUCCCCGAAGACGGCGAGAUCUCCAUCCCCUUCUCCCCUUCCCCUUCCCCUUCCUCCUCCUCCCCCUCCCUCAAAGAACGCCUCAUCUUCGGCUCCUCCUCCGACCUUCAAUCCUCCAUCUCUCCCGAAGCCCUUUCCCUCAUCGCCUCCCCCUCCAUCACCCCAACCCCAUCAGCCCCAAUUGCACCAUCCGACCACCGAAUUCCCAUCAUCCCCAAAUCUCCGGUCGCUGCCGCAGCGGCGGAAGGGCCGUCAUCGUCGUCGUCAUGGCUGACAGACCCGUCGGCGGCGGACACGGGGCGGAGCAACCUCCACAGGUCGCGCACCGCCCCGGCCAUGUCGGCCAUCAACGCCCACGACGCCCACGGCCAGCAGGCGCCGUCGGCGUCCCCCCGCCGCCCUUCCAUCGUGGGGCAGGCCAUCGCCCUCCUCGCCAUCUACCUCUCCCUCGGCGUCCUCGUCUACACCCUCAACCGCUCCCAUUUCUCGGCCGCCGACACCCACCCCGUCGUCGACGCCCUCUACUUCUGCAUCGUCACCAUGUGCACCAUCGGCUAUGGCGACAUCACCCCCUCCAGCCCCUCUGCCAAGAUCUUCUCCAUAACUUUCGUCCUCGUCGGCUUCGGCUUCGUCGACAUCCUCCUCUCCGGCAUGGUCUCCUACGUCCUCGACCUCCAGGAGUCCCUCCUCCUCGGCGCCGUCGCCAACCCCAAGUACAACCGGGCCAAGCACCCGCACCGCCACGACGUCGCCAGCCACUACAUCGUCGACGUCAAGAAGGGCCGCAUGCGCAUCCGCAUGAAGGUCGCCCUCGCCCUCGGAGUCGUCUUGCUCUGCAUCGGCGUCGGCACCUUCGUGCUCCGCUUCGUCGAGCGCCUCGGCUGGCUCGACUCCUUCUACCUCUCCGUCAUGUCCGUCACCACCGUCGGCUACGGGGACCGCGCCUUCAAGACCAUGCCCGGCCGGCUCUUUGCAUCGCUGUGGCUCCUCGUGUCCACGCUCGCCGUGGCCCGUGCCUUCCUCUACCUGGCCGAGGCCAGGAUCGAUAAGAGGCACCGCAUGAUUGCAAAGUGGGUGCUCUGCAGGGACAUGACCGUCUCAGAGUUCCUCGCCGCCGACAUCGACAACAACGGUUUUGUCACUAAAUCAGAGUUCGUCAUUUACAAACUGAAGGAGAUGGGGAAGGUAUCCGAAAAGGACAUCAUGCAGAUCUGCGAUCAGUUUGAUAAACUAGACACUGGAAAAUGUGGAAAAAUUACACUUUCCGAUCUUAUCGAGAGUCAUCACUAACUCUCACGUCUAUGUUGAUGGAUGAUCCUGAAUGCAUCUUGGUGUGUAGAAAGGGGCAUGCAAGCAACUGCUAGAGAUGAAGCUACUGGCAUAUCCCUGAUGUGAAACAUAGCCUGAGGGCUGAUAGUGGGAUGAGCUCGAGCAAUUUGUGGCCGUGUUGGUCCUACAACACUCCAAACCAAGCUUGUAGAAAUGUCCACGCACCCCAAACCCAGAGAUCACUUUAUGAUUAAACCAUUUUUACAUUCCAUUGUUGUUUUAUAUGUUUUUUUUGUAAAUAUAGGUUCUCUCUUUUACCUCGGCACUGUAUGGGUGUUUUGAACAUUUAAUGGAAUGAUUUGGAUGCUCAUGUUGUAUGUCA